AUGGCUAGAAUAGUUAAUCUUGCUUCAAGUGUUAACACUGGUGAAAAACCAACAGAACGUAAAAGAGCACAUCGUAUGCAUAUUAUUAUAGGUGUAGCAGUGCUUUUAGGUGUUUCGUGUUUUAUAAUAUCAUUACUACUUGGUUAUUAUUGGUUCAGAAUUGUUCUAUUUUUAUUUGUUGUUAUUGUUGCUAUUGUACCUGCAAGUUUAUCAGCUACUAUUACAGGAAGUUUAGAUAUAUUCUUUUGA